CCCGUCAUUCGGUGGGCCUGACGACUCCCAACGCAACGCCGAUCGCGCGCCGCCGCACCGCUCCCCCUCCCCGUCUCCACGCGCCGCCGCCGCUCCCACCCGUGCCGUCCAACCCGCCGCGCACCCCGCGCCCACCACCGCUUACCCGCUCUUCGGCACCGGCCGUGCUCAGCGUCUGGUCCCGACACUGGCGGCAUGGCUGCCCCUCGCGCCGCCGCCGCCGCCGCCGCGUCGGCGAAGCAGGUGACGAGGCGGAACUUCGCUGAGGCCGUGCGGGAUCUGGGGGCCCACCUGGAGUCCUGCGACUACGUGGCCGUGGCGGCGCAGAAGACGGGCGCACCCACCGGGUGGCGCCGCGCGCUGCCGGUGGACACCGCGGAGACGGCGUACCUCAAGGCAAAGCUCGCCGCGGAGUCCUUCCAGCCGCUCCAGAUCGCCGUCUGCCCCUUCCUGCUGCGCAACUCCUCUCCCUCUACACUCGUCGCUUACCCGUACAAUUUUCACAUAUUUCCUAGAGAUGAACUUCAGUUAGGAAUGCCUUCGUACAGUUUCUCCUGUCAAUCUUCUUAUUUAUCAACUAUGGCUAAUGAUGGCUUUGAUUUCAAUAUGUGCAUUUAUGAUGGUAUAUCUUAUCUAUCAAGGGUUCAAGAAUCCUUUGCAAGGCAAAAGGUCUUUACUCCUCAUCUUCGUCCACUAUUGCCAUCACAAAGCACAUCAGUUGCUGAUUCAGUUUUCAAAAGUAGAAUAAAGUCAAGGAUAAUGCACUGGAGAAAAGGAUAUGCAGAACCAAAUAAAAAGGAUGAUGGUUCUUUGGUUAGUUCCCUUUGUAGAUUAAUUUUGGGUGGUGAAACAUAUGGUUCCAGGCCCAGUAUUAGUAUUGAUGUCUGCAGUGAUCAGCAAGUUCAACUGGUCUUGGAGGCAGCAAACCAUAUCUCUGAUGACCUUGUACCUCUUGUUGUUCCGGACAAAGCUGGAGCUGCUAGGGCUGUGUGUGUGAUAUUUACUAGUUCGAAAGAGGAUAAGAAUCUUCUCCUGAUGGAUAUCCAGCAAUCAACAGAGGAAAAAUUCCGUGGAUUUAGAGAAGUUAUUGAUCUACUAUCAUCUUCACAAAAGCCAAUCGUAUCGUACAAUUGCUUGAAUGAUCUGACAAUGAUGCACUCCAAAUUUGUUGCGCCUCUUCCGCCAAACAUGCAUGAAUUUAUGUGUUCUUUAAAAAUGGUCUUCUCCAAUGUUGUUGAUGUCAGCCACUUGUGGAGACAAAUUGGCCCCUUGAGAAAAGCGAAGAAUAUACAAGCUGCUCUCAGUUACUUACAAAGACAAUACUUUGUGCCGAUUGAAAUUAAAAUACCAGAGCAAGAUGGUACCAGCGGUGUAACAAAAAAUGAGCAAAAUGUUCUGAGAAUAACAAAAUUAUUUGCUAAACUAAGCAACUUACUAAAGAUAGGUCCUGAGUACCAAUUAAAAUCUGGUGAGCAGUAUGCUGCAGUUGAAGAGUAUUGUAACGUCUUUUAUCCAAGUUGUAUGGUUGAAGAUUCUGAUGAUGUUGACUUUGCUAAUGAGCCAGACACCGCAAAAGCUGUGAGCACUGAUAACAUCAUUUUCUUGUGGGGCUUCAGGGGAAAAUCUGUCAAGGAGUUGAAAUCUUACCUUCCUGGCUUACAUCAGAUCUUCUCAGAAGAUUUUGAGGUCAAGUUGUUGGAUAAGACAUGCUCAGCUUUAAUAUUCUGCAAUUCUGAUACUGCAAUGCAGUUACUAAAAGAAAUAAGCUCAGAAAGCCCAUCAUUAAAUAGUUUCUUCUCAGAAGGUCUGAAAGCUGCAGGUUUUGAAGUGUACAGAAAGGUUUGCAGGUUAGGACUUUGGGAUUCAGAUUUAGCUGAGGCCCUGGAGGGUGUUUCGUCUGAAGUAGCUGCUUCAACACUUUCUGAGUGCAAUUCCUCUCAGAUAUACUGGAAUAGUUCGUUGAUGCUAGAUCUGAAAGAGUAUUUGUAGUGCUAAAACAUUAUCUAGCCCCUUUGUUAUUUCAAGUCUCAAGAUUGAUGAGAGCACCCCUCAAGAAAUCUGCUACAACAGACAAGUGAAACCAAAUGCGAAUGGGGGAAGCUUGAUUAUUUGAGGAACAAAUCUUUUCCUGGGCACUUGAUAUUUGAUCUGGGGAAACUUCAUGUGUGCCGUAUCAGUUCUACCAAACGGCAUCUCAACUGUUGGUCUAGCUUUGAACUGCAAGCCUCAAUAGCAUUUCCAAUAUUCUGGAGCACAUUUACUGUACAAUCUGUCUAAUUUCCAAUUUGAAUUGAUCAUUAUUUAACUUCGGCGAUGGCAUGCUGACUUGGAUGACAUCAAUAUGGCGUAAGGAGACUUCUUUCUAAACGGAUAGUAUGCCACAGAUAAGUAAAGCCGAAGUCUGAACGCUAACUACCGACCUUGUUCACUGCACUGUGCGUGGAAUCGUCAAAAGGUUGGUUUCUAUAGCAGUCAGGCGGUCGUGAACAAAGGUUACUGUGCUCCUGCCUAACAACCUUUCUCGGUCUUGGAACUCCAUGAAGUAUAGACACGAGAUAUCGGCCGAAGCCUGAAAGGAACCGAGUUCGGUAGGAAUUGAUUGAUGCCAUGCGAUCGUGUGUUACGUAACAAAUGCAAUACUGAAGUCGCCUUUCAAUACUGAAGUCGCCCUUCGAUGUCAAGAGCACGUUCAGGUUGUAAGCAUGGCGAAAGUAAGAUUUAAUCAUGCCUUUCGAUCAUUACCUCCUUUUCUGUCAAUCGGUUCGGCAUGCCAUGUAUUCGUGAUACGCCUAACUGUGGCCGGUGGGGAUUGUUUCUAGCAUGAGCGAUCUGUUACUCUCAUCCAUCACAAAAAUGGAACAAGAGUGGCAUGUGCUGUGUGCAACGUAUCUAAUCGCCGCUGCCGUUUUUGGUGA